AUUCAAAUUUAUCAGCAAAUUAAGGCUGUCUCACUCACUUUGUUGGCAAAUGAGGCCUGUACACCACCCUAGAGCGAAAAAGCUAGCACCUGCACUGCUUACACCCUAUCAGAUUAAGAACAAAUUAAGAACAAUCCAGCCUAAGAUUUUCGAAAAAAAUUAAAAACAGUCAACCUGAACUUGAAAAAAAGUUCUUAUAAAAAAGAGUGUAAGAGCGUAUUUGUUUACUAAAGCGAAGCUUAGAAAAAAUAUUGAUAUAUCCAGGGCUUUUUAUCUGUUUCAACAAGAUGAUCCUUGGAUUGGCGUUCUUACGAAGUAAAACCACCCAUUCAUAUUCAAAAACAUAAUUUACAAAAAUAUUAUUGAUAUUAUUAAAGAUUACUGCACAUGAUAUUUAGGUAUUAGUCUUAAAAAAGCUUGUUGACCACUGUGUGUCCUCGAAAUUAACCUAGCCUAUAAAAAAAAUUUUCUGUUAGACAAAAGGCAUUUUAAAGAAAAUUUUUCGAUAUCCUAGUGUAAUUCAAGCUUAAUUUUUUUAUGCCAAAAAAUAAUGUCAUAGCGACAAAGUUUAUCUUGCGUGGGCAAUUGAUCUCGAUUGUACCAUUCUCGUGAGUUGCCCCCUGAUCUCAAAUCACUACAUUCGAAUGAAUGUUGAACGUUAUAUCAUCACUUCACUUUUUAGGCAAGAGAUAAGUCGCCUAAUAAAAGAAACUUCUCUCGAAUGAGAUUUUGAGUUCUUUUUCUUAAAUGUCAUUUAUGUAUAAUACUCUGGUGUGGUUAUUUGUGGCGUUAUGCACAUGCGGACUUGCAAACAGUGGUAAUGUCUACUUUUACGAAGAGACACCAUUGUAUGUUUACCCAGGCCAAUGUGUCAACUUUGCUGCAAGAUCCCAUUUCUCCUUCUUCAAUGACACAACAGGGAAUCUGCAGGUAACAUGGAAGAAGGAUACCCGUGUCUUGAACAACACAGGAAAAUGGCUGAAUAUCACCUAUGCUAGAGCUUCAGAUUCUGCUUUUUAUCAAGUUGAAGUGAAAAAUAAACGCCUUGAUAUCACUGAAGAGACCCUCUUCUGGUUGAACGUGCAAGAAUGCAGAGCAAACGAAAAGGAAAUGCCUGGCAGCACAACCAAAUGCAAGACUUCAUGCGUUGAGAUGUGUCCAGCUGGCUGGAGCUAUCUAGCUAGCAGUAAUGGCAACCGAUGUUAUAAAUACUUUGGAGAGCCAAAAUCGUGGUUAGCGGCUCGUGAUAGUUGUCAGAACAUUGGCUCUCAGCUUGCAGUCGCUGGAAACGAGCAAGAAAACAGUUUUAUCGGGAGCCUUGUAAAAUCUGCAGAAGGGAGUUGGAUUGGUCUCAACGAUCGAAUUUCUGAAUCAACAUUUUUAUGGAACUACGAAAAGACAAACUCGUAUAGUUUUACUGCCUGGGCUGCUAACGAGCCAAACAAUUACAACGCGAAGUGUAACAUUGAGAACUGUGUCGUAACGAACAGCAGAACAGGACAAUGGGCCGAUGUGAUAUGCAAUUCAUUUUAUCCAUUUGUAUGCCAGAGGUCAACUGGAGGAGAUACAAGUUGGCAAUGCAUAAAUGACAACUGUGAUAAGUCAAUUCGUUUCUUCGACCAACUUGCAAUGUGGCAUGAUGCUAAGCAGAUAUGCAAGUCUUUUGGUGGCAAACUUAUUGAAAUAAACAGUAAACCCGAGAACGAUAAUGUGACAAAUUUAAUAUAUAAGGAUGCAUGGAUUGGACUGAAUGACAUAGCCGAAGCUGGGUCAUUUGUUUGGAACCAACUGACAUACAGUGGGAAAGAGCUACCGUAUAAAAACUGGGCACAAGGAGAGCCUAAUGACAUGGUUUUCCAAAGGGAUUAUAGCGAAAGCUGCGAUGGAGAAGACUGCGUGAUUCUCAAAGACUGGCAGUCAAAAACACGAUGGUAUGAUCUUAGCUGUGACACCAGAAAACCUUACGUCUGUGAAAAGAAUAGAGACAGUCUUUUCUCGACUGGGCUGUUGAUUGGCAUCGUUAUUGGCAGCAUGAUUGGCGUGGCUGUCAUUGCAGGCAUUGUCAAUGCGGCAAUGCGUAGAAGAAAUAGAUCUCAGGUAAAGGAAUUUGCCUUGAAGGCCUUCGAAAGAGAGCGUGCGCAAACUUUUGAAGGCAGGAACAGCUUUAAUCCGUUUGGAAACAAGAAAAAGUAACCUGGAUGAAAGUCAUAGAUUACAUUAUUCUUGAUGGACGCAAGAAGCAAAUAUAGUCUGACAAGGAGGUUGACUGGAACCAUUCGUGUUGAAGAUUGGAACCAUUGAUGUUAGACAUUGCUAGAUUCGUUCGGUAUGGCUUUGUCAUUGCCUGUAUUCGGGGAUUUUGGCCAGGUUGGUCAGAUGGAUUGUUUUUAGUAUAAGACGGGUUUCUUAGCUUGAUCGAUUUUGCCGUGAUUAAUUCAUCAUUGAAAGAAGACAAGAAGGACAUUUGUAAACGCUUAAGAUAAUAUAUAGUAUCUAGAGAUUUAUAACAGUAAUCAGAUGAAUCAAUUAAAAUAGAGUGUAUUCUAUUAUCUAAAAAGUUGAAAUGUAAAUAAAGCGAUAUAGUUUAUUGUUUCUUAAAUUGCCGAGUAAAUGAUUUUGCGGACAUAUUUAAAGCAAUUCAAUAUUUUUAUACGUUCAUACUGUAUAAAUUAAACAUAAAGAAGAUUUGUUCAAAUAUCAAGUGAAGUUUUAGAAUCUUUUAAAGCAGUUGAAUAGAAAUACUUAUAUCAUCGUUAGUCCCAAAUUCUUUGUGUUUGCCUAGUUUUGCGAUAAUUGUUUUCCUCUUUGUACGUUUAUCGAAGUGCAGCACUUGAUAGCGAAGCUGCCACUAAACUGUUGAAGGCAGUGAUGAGCUUACAGUCAUUUUUUUGUUCUUCACCCUUGGCUUUAAGGGGCUUAUCUAAACAGCAUCAAGAGAGUUUUUAUCUUGGAAGUCAAUUUCUCAUUACUAGUCUUUCAUCUUAAAAAUCAAGAGAAUAUUUAUGUAUUUUACACCUUUGUCAUCCCACAUUAGUUUUGUACCUAUAUCAAAUGAAACACCACUGGUGAGUGUUUCAAUCGAAGAAUGUAUUUUGCACGCUUUACUCAAACCAAGAUGGCUGAUACGUCAUAAACCUUGCUAAUUGCCAUUCUGCUCAGUGGCUUACUAAAGCCUUUUGUGGCAAAAUUAAUUGAUGCUACAUCACCAGUCUUUGAUCACCUUUCUCUAUUUUUGCCAUUAAUCACUUGCAGGUUUAACAGUAGCCCACCCGGGCCUGUGUCCGCUUUCCACAAAGUCUAACAAGAGCGAAUUUUUAAGGAAGUUAUAGACCAUCUUAUAAUCCUAUUUAUUAUCUUGACAAUUCAAUGAUAUUUAUAGUUUCGAAAAGCUAGAGCAAUCUUUUCUUUUUUCAUUUUCCAGAUUUUUGUAGGCUGUAAAAGCCCUUACUGCUUCGACCAUAACUUUGAAUUGAAUGAAAGCAGUUGAGGCUGCACGCAGACCGAGUUUUCUGUCCCCUCGCUGCCUUUUUAGUCAUUUAUCUUGUGCCUUGCUAGAUUCUUUUGGUGCAAGGACAUUGGGAUUUGAAUGCACCAGAAAUUGGGUUUAUAUGACAGCCUUGACCAAAAUUUGUAAAAUCCCACCAGAACACCCUUACCGAAAAUGCUCCCAGCAGUAAGAAGGGUCCCUGACAACGGCGAGAUGAUUGGACCAGGCGGAUGAUUUCCUUAACAAAUGUCAUCAAAGGUGCGCUGAUGUGGGCACUGUUUCCAUACAAUGCAUUAAAAGCCGUCGAUUCUCAAUUUUGACGAAUUGGUGUUGACUAGAAUGUGAAGGUAGGGAAAAAUCGAUUUACGUGCGGUCAUAGGAUAGAAAAGGAAGAUUCUCUAUUCUGUGACAGGGAUAUGCUAUUGCUACCAAUAAAGGCUAACCGAUUUUGGAUUCAUUGAGGUAUUUCAUGAUGCUAUAUUGGAAAAUUCUUAAGGUAGUUUUUGUGACAUAAUGACUUAAGAAGACGAUUAACACUUUAAAAUCUAUUAGCACUUUAUUUGCUCGUUCACAAUCACAUGCUGCAGGUACUAUGGCGAAGAGUAUUAAUUAGUUCUCUAAUCCUUUUGGGAUCCUUGUUGGUUGUUGUUAUAGUGUAGUGGAAUUAGAUAUAAAAACGGUCUAACCCGGAUAAAAAUAAUAUAAAGCUGUAAUUUGGCACAGAUGUUCUAUACUAAGUUGGAAAUGACCAGAAAAAAAGCCCCAUCAAUUGGACAUUGGGAAUUCCUUAUUUGGGCAAAUACCAUAAUGGCGCACUGAUCAGUAGUGGUUCAAAAUUUUAAUGUUGCUAAAACCACAUAGUAUGUACAUCUUUUGAAAGAUAAUUUCAUGCUGAAUGUUUCUUAUUUAACAUACGUACCCUUAGAAUAUGC